CUUUCCUUUGCCAUGUGGAUCAUUUCUCUCUGAUUUUUAUUGACUAAUUAAUUAGAGAUAAUUAAUUGUUGUUCCAAUUUUGUAAUUUGUUUAUAAUUACGGUGAAUAAUAUUGGUUAACUCUCAGUGUGUUGUCUAUUUCUCUAUCUCAAGAUGCCACCAAAAAAGAAGGAAGAAGAACCGAAGCAAAUUUUAAUCGGACGAAUGGGAACUAAUCUUAAAUGUGGAGUAGUUGGAUUACCUAAUGUUGGAAAAUCAACUUUUUUCAAUGUUCUCACCUCAAGUUCAAUUAAAGCGGAAAAUUUUCCCUUCUGUACCAUUGAUCCAAAUGAAUCUCGUGUACCAGUUCCCGAUUCACGGUUUGAUUUUCUUUGUGAUUACCAUAAGCCAGCAAGUAAAGUUCCUGCUUAUUUGAAUGUCGUUGACAUCGCCGGUUUGGUUAAAGGAGCCGCUGAAGGAAAAGGCUUAGGAAAUGCUUUUCUCUCUCACAUUAAAGCUUGUGAUGCACUUUUCCACCUUUGUCGAGCUUUUGACGAUGAUGAUGUUGUCCAUGUCGAGGGAGAUGUCGAUCCAAUUCGUGACAUUGAAAUUAUCAAUGAAGAACUACGAUUAAAGGAUGUUGAAUAUUUGGAUGCUCGAGUUACCUCGUUGGAAAAAACUGUUCUAAGAGGUGAUAAAACUCACAAACUCGAAUAUGAUGUUCUCAUGAAAAUCAAGAAACUUUUGGUUGAUGAACAGAAACAUGUUCGUUUUGGUGAAUGGGAUGCUAACGAUAUUGAAUUUCUCAAUAAACAUCUAUUCAUUACAUCUAAACCAAUGAUUUACCUGGUUAAUCUAUCGGAGAAAGAUUAUAUAAGGAAAAAGAAUAAAUGGCUUCUUAAAAUCAAGGAAUGGAUUGAUAAACAUGACCCUGGGGCUGUUCUGAUACCUUUCAGUGGUGCAUUAGAAUCACAAUUGGUUGAGAUGCCCGAUGAUGAGAAGCAAAGAUUUCUCAAUGAAAAUAAGUGCACAAGUGCUUUGGAUAAGAUAAUUGUCACUGGAUAUAAAGCUCUACAAUUGUGUUACUUUUUCACCGCUGGAUCAGAUGAAGUUAAAGCUUGGACUAUUCAAAAAGGUACGAAGGCUCCCCAAGCUGCUGGACGUAUUCACACCGACUUUGAGAAAGGUUUCAUUAUGGCGGAAGUGAUGAAAUUUGAAGAUUUCAAAGCGGAAGGUUCAGAAGCCGCUUGCAAGGCCGCCGGUAAAUACCGUCAACAAGGACGUGCGUAUGUGGUUGAAGAUGGUGAUAUAAUAUUAUUUAAAUUCAAUGCUGGAGCUGGUUUAUCUUCAAAGAAGAAAUAAUCGACUUCCGGUCAAUCCUCCUAAUCUCUUGAUCCUACAACUGAUUAAAUCGAUGGUCACUAUUACUAAUCAUGGAUAUGUAACCGUAAUGAACAAUUUCCGAUUGUAAUAAUAAGGCAAAAGAAAAAACUGGCGAGAGUCUUUAAUUAUGAUCUAAUAAUAAUAACCAAUAACCAGCAAAUCAAUUUUUCUCUCUCUCUCUCUCAAUCAAUCAACCAACCAUUUAAUUGUAAAACAAUUUCGCUAAUCUUGAUCGCUAAUCUAAUUUACCGGUAAACAACACAAUAACAGAUUAGCAAAUCUCUUGCGAGAAACAUACAAAAUAA